AUGAUGAUGUCCUUUCUGCUAGAAUUUACGUAUCGGGUGCCGUCGUCUCUUUUGCUGAAUACGAUGUCAGUGUUUAUCGCCGGAAUUUUGGCUAACGGCGGAAUCAGCGAAUUAAUGGGGAAGAGUUUGCCCUAUUCCAAGUUCUGGGAUGCUGCAGGCGGUCAGAAAUCCGACCGUGAACCAAAAAAGUUUUCCGGCAGAACCGGCAUGCUCAUUGCCUAUGUGCCGGCGUUUAUGGUUUCCAUUCUUUCCUUAAUCAUCUUUCCUGAUACAACUCUCAGGAUUUUGUUGAUCAAGUCUAUUCUUGCUGUUCAUUUUUUCAAGAGGAUACUCGAGGUCCUAUUUGUCCAUAAAUACAGCGGACCAAUGCCUCUUGAAGCUGCCAUCCUUAUAUCUUCGUCCUAUUUCAACGCAACAACAUGCAUGAUCUAUGCUCAGCACCUGACAUUGGGUAGUCCCGACCCGGCCAUUGACUUGAAGCUUUGCGGGUUUUUGCUAUUUCCAAUUGGGAUAUCGGGCAACUUCUACCACCACUUGUUGCUAUCAAGGAUGAGAAAGGAUGGUGAAAAGGGUUACAAGCUUCCAGUGGGCUGUUUGUUUGACCUAAUAACUUGCCCACAUUACCUCUUUGAGAUCAUAGUGUUUUGGGGGGUCUUUUGCAUAAGCCAAACCUUGCUCUCUCUUAUCUUUGCGUUGGGAACUACUUUUCUGCUGAUAGGAAGGAGUUGUGCUACCAGACGUUGGUAUAUAACCAAGUUUGAUGAUUUUCCCAACAAUGUGAAGGCCAUUAUCCCAUUUAUUCUAUAG